GAAAGUUUUCAAGACACAGAUUGAAAUUCGUGAGACAAGAUGGGUUUCAUUCUAUAAAAUUACUGAAACGACUUUGUGAAGUUCGAUAUUUAAAAAUACUUGCCAACUAUGAAUUCGACCAAUAUACCAGCGAAGAACGAGACAUCAACAUUUGAAGGAAGUGGAAAUCCCAACACGUUUGCUUUUAUUAACGGAAUCUUAAAUGCUCCGUUAAUGCUGAGUUCCAUUAUCGGAAACGCUUUAGUUUUUGGAACCAUUUUAGCAACUCCUUCGCUUCGUUCAUCAACUACCGUCUUGCUUUGCAGUUUGGCUCUAUCAGACUUGCUUGUCGCACUUGUGGUACAGCCUCUUUACAUUGCUAAACAGUUAGAUAUUUUUAACAGAUCCCGCCUCGUCGAAAUCAUGGAAUUUGCCCUCUGUGGUGUUUCGCUCUGUACAGUAACAGCUGUGAGUGUGGAUAGAUUCGCUGCACUGCAUUACCAUAUGAGAUAUCCUACUGUAGUCACCGUUCAAAAGGUUUUGUACAUAUCAGGCUUAAUUUGGCUCGGCGUAGGUCUCUUAUCCGGAUUUUACUUCUGGAGCAAGUAUUAUUUUUACCUGGGAGUAUCCAUUUCCAUUUGCAUUUGUUUGAUUUUCUCCUCCUACUCCUACUAUCGGAUCUUUCGAGUCGUUCGACAGCAUCACAUACAAAUUCAAGUUCAGCAACAUGUAAUGGAAAGCGUAGAUCUCAAUGUCACAAGCAUGCUUCGAUUACAAAGGAGUGCUGUGAACACUUUUGUGUUUUACUUUGCAAUCAUUGUGUGCUAUUUGCCAUUGCUUGUUUCUCUAUCACUGAAUUUCUUUUCUAAAAAGCUCUGGUCAAAAGUGUGGGAACUCGCGGAUACCGUUGUGUUUUUAAACUCUUCUAUCAAUCCAGUUCUAUAUUGUUGGCGCUUAACAGAGCUUAGAAUCGCAGUAACGCAAACGAUAAGGCAAAUUUUAUGUAGAACGCCGCAGGGGAACUAAGAUUUUCAGAACUAAGGGAGACACUGUGUUUCUCCCACCUGACAAGAUGGAUCGCUUUCGCUCUUGGAUGAUUGCCCCAAGAGAAGGUCGUGCUUUUUAAGCGUGGUGAUUGAUUAGUUUGGAAACAACAGCCAAGAGCAAUUAACCAUCUUGCAGAAAUUAUCACCAUGAAUUGUGCCAGUGACAAAAUAAAAGGGAAAUAAAAUUGAAAAUGAAAUAUCUGUUUUGCUGCAUUUUUCGAAGACAUGAAUAAAGCCCAGUAGAAGAGAAAACACUUGGGAACUCUAAUUGUAACUAACUUUAGGUAGUUACACUUAUCCAUACUGUAGAUAGCGAAACGUCGAAUCUUCCACCAUAUGUCGGGAUAUAGUCUCAAAUAAAGCCAUU